AUGCAUUCAAUCGAUAGUUCUCAAGUAGACGCUCGAAAGCAUCUCCUUCGACAGACGAUAUGGAUUCCACGAGGACGAGGCGAGAAUGAUGAGCACAACAAAUCUGAGCGCAGGACAAAUACUGCCAGAGUGCCGGAAUGCGAUCCA